AUGGCAGAGUACGCCGACGCCUCCGCGGGCGAUGUCAUUCCUCCCAAGUCGGAGCGUCACCCAGUGCGGUGGUACCGCUCGACAUUCUACAACAUGACCAUCCUCGGUUUGUGUAACCUCGCAGCACCUGGUAUUUGGGGCGCAAUGAACUCCCUCGGCGCUGGCGGCGCAGCAUCGCCCAAGGUAGUCAACGCCGCCAACGCCCUGACGUUCUGUCUGAUGGUCGUGUCAUGCUACUUCUCUUCGGUCAUCGUCCACUACAUCGGGAUCAAAGGCGCUUUGAUCUUUGGAACCAUCGGAUAUGCCCCCUUCGCCGCUGGCUUGUACACCAAUAACCGCUACGGCAUCGAGUGGCUCAUGCUCCUCGGCGCCGCUCUCUGCGGCAUAUCGGCCGGUGUCUUUUGGAUGGCCGAGGCCGCCAUCGCCAUCGCCUACCCAGAGCCUUGGAACCGCGGCAAGGCCCUGGGCUACUGGCUUACGUACCGCCUUUGCGGUCAGAUCCUCGGCGGUGCGAUCAACCUUGGCCUCAACGCCGACAACGACCAGGCCGGCAAGGUAUCGUACACCGUCUUCAUCGUCUUCAUCGCCAUCCAGGCAGCGGGCCCGUUUGUAGGCUUGUUUCUGAACAAACCGGAAAAGGUCGAGCGGCAGGACGGGCGGAAGGUCAGCUUGGCUAUCUUGGAGAACCCGUGGUACGAGAUCAAGGCUACAACGAAGAAUUUGUUCACACCCAAGUUCCUCCUCAUCAUCCUCUGGAUCGGCCAGGCUGUUUUUGCGGAGGCUGUGUUCUUCACCUACCUUGCCAGAAUUGUUGCCGUGAUAUCUGGCAACCUCCUGGGUCACUGGCUCGAUCGUGCCAAGGUCUCGCUCAAGACCCGAACCCGGUCUACCUUCUGGGCUCUCGUUGUCACCCAGGGCGCCUGGUGGCUUUGGGCCACCAUCCUCGCCACGCGCUUCCGCCAGACGCGCCCAACGCAUGACUGGGUCAGCCCGGGCUUCGGCUCUGCCUUUGCCGUUUACAUCUUCCUCACCAUCGGGUUCCAGCUCAACUAUCUCUUCCUGACAAGUUACUUCAUCGUCACGAACCUAGCCAAGGGCGAGGAAGAAGUUAUCCGCUACGCUGCACUCCUCCGUGGUGUCGAAUCGGCAUGGCAGGCUGUCAGCUAUGGCCUCACCUCACUCACGAUUUUCGGCGAGGUGGGCGGCAUCUACUUCAACUUUGCGCUAUGGGCCCUUGCCAUUGGGCCUGCGUGGUUUGUCUUGAGACACUUCGGCUCCGGGCUGGAAGCGCACGUUGAGGAGGUUCGGGGUGUUACUGCCGUGGUGUCGAGCGAGGACGGUGAGUCGGAUACCAAGCAGCAAUAG